CGCCAAACUGCGACGUCGUCGGCGUCAACAUCUACCCGUACUUCAACCCGUCCGUGCCGAGCGACUCGAUCGCGGACCUCACGAAGCGCUUCAACGCGAUCGUGGGCCAAGUACGGUGGGAAGACGCGCCUUACGGAGACUGGCCACCCGUCCGACGGUGGUGGCCGUGCCAACUUUGGUGCUGCGCAAAACUACUGGAAUCAGUACCAGACGUGGGCCAACUCGAACGGCGGGCCGUCGCCAUUCUACUUUCAGUUCCACGAUGCGACCAACAAGGCUGGCGACGAAGGCCACUUUGGUAUCUCUGCCGACGGCUUCACCUGGAAGUUCAACGUCGCGCCAGCAGCGACGACGCCGGCCCCGACGCCAUCGCCGACUCCCGCACCGACGACGACCGUGCCAGCGACAACGACCCCAGCUCCGACAACCGCCGAAACGACGCCGGCACCGACCAACUCUACAACCGAGCACAACACUACAACGCCCGCACCCACGUCGGGCAACGCCACCUUGGAGAGCGUCAUUGAUGUGACGAUUCCAGCCACGUUGCCCGUGCUCGAUGAUUCCGUUGCCGCUACGGGUGCUGCGCCAGCCACGACGGCGCCGAUUGCCAACAUCCAAGAAGUGUCGACAUCGUCGAGCGAUUCGGCCGACAACGUGACGUUGCCCGUGGUGACGAGCCUGGUCUGCGCCGUCGGCGUCGCUGCAGUUGCGCUCGUCGUCAUUCGCAACCGCCGCAAGCUCGAAGAAGACAAGGACGUCGACUUUUACGCCGAUGGUCACCGCGACACGGCAGACGGUCGAUCCAUGUGGCAGCGCGAUAGCGUUGCCGUGCUUUAA